AUGGAUCCCGCAGCGUUGGCCGGCCUCACGAUCUACAACCUCCCUCCCAUGCCGCCGAAAUGGGAUAGCAUAGGCAUCUUCUACAUCACGUUCUGUGCGACAUGGACCGCCAUCGUCCUCGCCGGGAUGGCCUGCCUGUGGGCCAACCGCGCCAACCCGAUCCUCAAGAUACGUGGCCUGCCGCUGGCCUUCGGCUCCAUCAUAUUUCUGCACCUGUACUGGUGCAUGGCCCAGAUCACGUACCCGAUCGGCGGGACGAUGCCGGUGGUCAUCGCCUAUGAUUUCCAAUACUUCGUCAUGGGCAUCUGGUUCCCGUUGGGUAUCGCCCUGUUCCAUGCUUCCAAUAGCCGGUUCUUGCAUGUUGCGAAGCUGCAGAGGCUUCACUUCGUGGGUAGCGGGGCUCACGUGCGGCGAGGAUGCAACGGUGCGAAGACGUCGUGGCUCUGCCGGUUCAGGAACAUGGAUUACGGGAAGAGGCUCAUGAUAUUCAUCUGGAUUGGAAUUACUGCCCAGUGCCUCCUUACUACUGGCAUGUGGCUGGCCUGCAAGAAAUAUCAUCCAACAUUCGGUAUUCCGGGCACAGAAAUCCGCGGAGCAACUCUCCCAGAGCAACUGAUUGACCUGGGCCGGGGAUGGGAAUGGUGGCCCACAGUGCUUUGGCAGUUUAUUUGGACCUGGAUCGUUGCGCCGAUUCUGAUUUGGCGAGCUUGGGGUAUCCGCGACACUAUGGGAUGGCGAACACAAACCGUCGGUUGCUGUCUUUCAAGUCUCCAUGCGACACCGAUGUUCCUCAUUGCAUCGUAUGUACCGGCGUUCGACAAGAUCAACAUGUACUUCACGCCGAGUCAAUGGAUUCAUCUCUCCACCAUGAUGUUCGAGAUCUUCACCAUCUUCGUCCCGCUUGUUCAGCUCGUCCGCCUUCGAACCCAGACCAAGCACGUCACGGAUGCAAACGCAAAAUGGGAAUCAGGGUCACAAACGACCUUCAGAUCGUCGACUGCGGUAUCGUUCUAUGGCCCCAAUAGCCCUGCGUCCUCGAGCCAGGCGGAGAAGGGCCAGGCGACCAUUUACCAAAUGAGCUCUUCCGAAUUGGGCCCUGAGCCGGACAGUCGACUGUUGACAAUGACCGCCCUCGACCACACCCUCAGGGAGAACGGAAGAGCCCUGCAGGAGUUCUCUGCCCUCAGCGACUUCUCUGGAGAGAACAUUGCCUUCCUGGCCCGCGUCAUGGAGUGGAAGUCUCGUUCGUGGCCCAACGCACUGUCUGACUCUGAUUCUCUAGAGUCCUUGGGCGAGGAAGAGAGACUGGACGCAUACAACCGCGCGCUCGAAAUCUACGCCGACUUCAUCUCGCUCCAGCACGCCGAGUUCCCGCUAAACCUCCCCUCGCAGGAGAUGAAGCACCUAUUCCAAGUGUUCGACAAACCGGCACGCGUCCUCUUCGGCGAGGACGCGUCCGUCAACAUCGCCAUACCGUUCGACGACGCGUACGUGCAGAGCCACGAGGGGUCCAGGCCUGGGAGCAACGGGGAAAUCCAAAGGCAAGCCCGGUACACUGGCGAGAUCCCAGCAGGAUUCGAUUCUACCGUCUUCGACAGCGCUAAUGGCCACAUCAAAUAUCUCGUCUUGACAAACACCUGGCCCAAGUUCGUCAAAGAGAUGCACCAACGCAGACGAUCUAGCGACACUAGACGCAGCGUCUUGACCAACGAGUCUGAAUCCUCCCUUCUCAGUCGAGUCUCGAUGGUCAUUACAAGUCUUGUUCGUUCUGUCAAGACCACCUAG